AUGAAAAUUUUGUGUAUGAAUCAUUUCGUCCGUUAAAAUACUGGUUUAGGGCCCUAUUAUUAAACCUUGAGGUAUACCGUUAGUGCGCUACUGCCCAACGUUUAUAAUCUGUGCUACUGCCUCCCCACUUGUUUCCACAGCAUCCAAUCAGGUACCCAAACAACCUGCUGAGAUCUGGUGGACCUUGUAUUCAAAAAUUUAAACGCUUGUAACGUACAAAAAGUAAACAAUACACAAGAGACUCAAACUAUAAAGCAAACAGUUAACGGUUGCCAAGAUGUCCAACAUUGAGGAUUACGAUAUUAUAGGAAUAUUGGGCGAUAAUAUAACUUCAGCAUCUUACAAAGUGAAAAAUAAAUCGACCGGUGGAUUGUUUGUUUGGCAAUCUAUAAAUUACGAAAGUUUAAGCGACUCCGAAAGAACUAAAUUAAUAAAGAAAAUCCAGAAAAGAAUUAACUUGAAGCAUCCCAAUAUCUUGAAGUUUUUUGACUACAUUGAUCAAAAGGAAAACAAAAUAUUGUACCUUGUGGUGGAGUAUUGUUACAGUGGAUCAUUAAAGAAAUUAAUAAAAUAUUGCCAAGAAAAUAGGAUAGUGCUUCAAGAAGAAUUUGUUUGCCGCAUUUUAUAUCAGAUAGUGUUAACUAUAAAAACUUUGGAAGAAUAUUGUGGUAAUAUAAGUGUGGAUGAAGUGUUUUUUGAUGAAGAUUACAACGUUAAAUUAUACAACUACAAUUUUAACGGGCAUAAAAUCAAAUUAAAGGAUUUAAAAAUGUCUGUCUUGGGUACACUUAUUUUUGAAAUGUGCUCUUUAAAAUCAUAUGACAAAAAUACCUUCGAACAUGAUUGUAAGGACUUGUGUAAUGUGUAUUCAGGAAGUUUUAUCACAUUAUUAACGCAAAUGGUGAAAGACAGCAGUGAUGUAAAGAAAAGUUUGGAUAAGAUUCUUUGUCAUCCCACAUUAUUAUUAAAGUCAUCCAAAUGGAAUAAGGAAAUUUGUUUUUUGCGAAUGAAUGGCGAGAGGAUUAACAAAACCAAAAAUUUACAAGAUGUUGGAGAUAAAAAUACAAAAGAUUCACAUAGAAGCAGAGAGUUAGCUCUACAAAUGAGGGAGAGAAAAUUAUAUGAUAGAGAACAAAAAUUACUAAACAGAGAGAAAAAAUUGGUGAUCAUGGAAAGACAACUAAAUGAUAAACUAAUGCAAGCAGAAUUAUAUUUAAAACGAUGCAAAGAAACAAAACCAGAACAAAGCUUGACCAAGCUUACUUAUGAAAAUCUAGACUCAACUUAUGUAGAAUGCGGAGACUCCGUUAUAAUGCCUACAAGUAAAAAACUGGAUGUAAACACAAUUUUAAAACCCAACACAUUCUCCAGAACAUUUUCCGAAAAGAGAAUAAGAUUUAAAGGGCAUAGCCCCUUAAAAGAUUUGGAUACAAAUAAAAGAAAAUCUAUAAGGCUUCCAAGGAAAAAGGAAAAACUUACUUCCGAAUGUAGCAGUGACUGGAAAACAUGUUCCGAAAAUGAUUCAGAAAUUGCCAGUCUAGAUGGCAUCAAACAAAGCAAACAACUAUUUGUAGAUGAUGUUUGUGAAAAUGAGUACGAAAUACCACCAGAUUGUAGGCCAAUAUCCUGGACACAUGAAAAUAAAAAAUAUGCAUUUGAAUUGUUAAAAAUUAUGAAUGAAGGAACAGAAUAUGAAAAUCAAGCAAAUUGGAAUAGAGAAGUCAGACAUACCCAGUUGUAAAUAUUUGUAAAUUUGAUGGUAGUCGCUUUAUAGAUUUUUGUAUUAUGUAGCAAAGCUUAUUUAUUAGAUUUUAUUAAAAUUAUGUUAAUAAAAAUUUAUAUUCAAUAGUGUACAUACUUAUUUAUA